GCGGUUUAUUUUUACCGUGCCCAUGCGCACACGCCGGCAGUCGACCCGGUUUCGCUUUACAAUAUCUAAAUUCGACUUAAAAAUAAAACAAAAUUCGAAGUGAUAUUCGAGCAAAAAGCUUUAAUUUCAGUAACGCGGUGAUGGUGCAUUGAAUAUUUUGUUGAGAUUUGGUUGUGAGAACGAUGACUAAGAAAUCAAUCUGCGCGAUUUGUCUCGCCGAAGCGGAGCAGAAAUGCUCCGGGUGCCAAGCCGUCCAUUACUGCUCCAAAGAGCAUCAAAAGCAGCACUGGAAGGAUCAUAAGCUUCAAUGUACUCCAGCCAGGGUGAAGGAAGAUGACAAGUUCGGGAGGUAUCUUGAAGCUACUAGAGAUAUCAAGGCUGGUGAUAUUGUGAUUAAGGAGAAACCGCUUAUUACCGGACCUUCGCAAAUUACCCCGCCGGUAUGUCUCGGGUGCUACAAGCUCCUUGAAGAAGGCAAGGUGGUGCAAUGUGACAAGUGUGGCUGGCCAUUCUGCUCUGAGGAGUGCACACACAAGGAAGAACACAAACCAGAGUGCCACUACACUGAGAAUAGAGGCGAGAAGGUGUCUAUAUCAACAUUCGGCAUGCCACACCCGAACUACCAGUGCAUCACAGUCCUCCGCUGCCUGUACCAACGAGACCAUGACCCGAAGAUGUGGUCAAAGAUUCAAUCAUUGCAGUCUCACUGCGAAGACCGCAAGGGCACGGAGAAGUGGAACCAUGAUAGGAAGAUGAUCGUUGAAUUCAUUUGGAACUUCUUCAAGCUCAAAGAAACCUUCAAUGAGGAGGAGAUUAUGAGAUGCUGCGGGAUUGUACAGAUCAACGGCCACGAGAUUCCCCUUCUAGAACCCGAGUACGUGGGCGUGUUCGACCGCAUCUCCAUGGUGGAGCACAGCUGCCGAGCCAACUGCAACAAGAGCUUUACUUCACAGGGGGAAAUCAUCCUCAGUGCGGGCCUAAACAUUAGCACCGGGACCCACAUCAAGGUGUGCUACACGGACCCCAUGUGGGGCACGGAGGCUCGUCGUCACCACUUGGCCGACACCUGGUUCUUCGAGUGCGUCUGCGAGCGGUGCUCUGACGUCACCGAGUUCGGCACCAUGUAUAGUGCUGUCAAGUGUAAGAAGAAAGACUGCAAAGGCUACCUUCUCCCAGAAACUUUCAUACUCCCAAUUCUCCAUAAGACGACGAAUCCGGACCCGAAGACAAGGAACUUGGACAACAAGACGUGGAACUGCAACGUGUGCAAGGACGCCGUGUCUGACGCGAUAAUACAGCAACUGCUGGCGGAUAUUGGGAGGGAGUUGAGUGUUAUGCCGAAGGGGGAUCCUGAUGCUUGCGAGAGAUUCAUAAAUCACUGCAGCAACUACCUACACCCGCUACACUACUACAUGACGGACGUGAGUCUUGCGCUGGCGCAAAUGAUCGGGCAGGAGCACGAGCACGGCCUCGCCGGCGUGGUGGACGACCGGCUGAUACUCAAGACACAGUUGUGCAAGAAGAUUGCUGAUCUUCUGGAGACUUUGGCUCCUGCGGAAACAAGACUGCGAGGCUCUCUGCUAUUCGAAUUGCACGCAGCGGUGGCGGAAACUGGACGAAGGCAGUCCUUGACUGAAGGUCCCAUGACUCUACUCGGAUAUGUUACCGAAUCCCGCAAGAUCCUAACAGAAUCAGCAGGGCUACUCCGUCACGAGCCGCCGGAGUUACCUGAAGGCAGGUUGUACAAGCAAGCUAAGAUCAACCUAGUGCAGAUGGAUGAACUGAUCAGAAACCUCUCUGCCAGCCUGCCAGCACCAAUGUGAAAAAAUAUCACUGAAGACAUUUCACCAGCGUAAUGAAACGUUAACAUUUAGGAUCUGAUAGAGCCCAAAAAAAAAUUGAACAGCCGAAUGUCUGAAUCACAAAUGCAAAGGAAUCACCUUCGUGGAUCACUCUUAGCUACUUCUGGGGGUUAAAACGCCACAUCAAAACAAUUCAUCUAAAAUUGAUUAUUUUUAUUUUAAUUUUAAUGUGAAAUUGCAAUACUUAUUAUUUUUUAUAAUUACCUUUUUAGACGAAUUGCUUCGAAGGCCCUCUGGUCCUGAUAUCAACGAAAAAACAUCCCUAAAAAUGAUUAUCCUUCCUUAAAAUUAAGUUUUAUUUUGUGAGACUAUAGAUUGAGUAUAUUAAAUUAAUGGUUAUUGUCCUUAUUAAAAAUGUAUAAAGAUG